AUGGCUUUCUCCACAUGGAAGGCACUUCUCGGGCCCUCUUGGUUCCUCGCGAGUCAGGGCUUUGCCUGCUCUGUAAUCCACUCUGUGAACGGACAGGUGGGAGGAGCCAGAAAGAAGGACCAUGGAGAUCAGGACCAGGAGGGCAGCAGGCCGGUGCCCUGGAGUGAGCACGGUGAGUGCUGGUCCCGUCGGUGUGAGUCUCUCCAGGGCAGCUCAGUGCGUGGGAGCAGGGGACUCCGGGGAUGGACACCUGGUUUUCUGGCCUCCUGCUCCAAGGGGCCACAGAAUAAACCUGCUCCCACAUCAACUAGGCAGGCCAACCGCACCAAGACUGAAAUUCCUCCAUAUCGAGGCCACAAUACUUCUCAAUCAGAAGAAAAUGAAAAAAAAACCUGUAGUCCGGAUCCUGGAAUGUCCUCUCCUUUUCCAAGGCCAGAGGCACCACCUCCAGUCCCAGUCCAGUGA